UACACGUUCAAAAUUUACAUGUCAAAUAAUGAGUACAUUUAGUAAGACAAUUCAACCAGAACUCAGAAUGGACUUAGUCGUGCCACCGAACGGACUCUAUGAGAUGCCGCACCAACCGGAGUAUCCGGAUUAUGAGGCGAUGAGAAGACCAGUAAAGUCGAAGGAAGUUCUGGUCGAUAGGGAACUCGAGUUUUUCUUCAAAACGGAAGAUAUUAAGGAAGUCAAUUCCGAGGUGUCACAGCAUAGGAUUUGGGACUCUUUAUCGAUUCGUUUUGGACUGAUUGGCCAUAUUUCAGAAUGAAUGUAAUAUGGACGAUAAUUUAAGAUAAGAUCGAACUUUAUUAGCUGAAUUUAAUUUAAAUUCAAAUUAAAGAGUACCCUCACAACGUUAAUCAGGUAUCGCAGUCUAUUAACCCUUCUAUUGGCUCUCCAAAUAUUAGAUUCUAAUUGUGGCCAAAAACGCCUCACGCAUUGCCGUUUACGGUCUCCGUUUGGCCAACAGAUCGAGCCGCGUCUAAUUAGACCCACGCGCGGAUUUGAUUAGUGGAACGGGCCCACACACUGCCGAUUGGUGGCUGUGACCCAGACGAAGAUCUCAGACCCAGAUUGAGAUGUAGACAGCAGCUAAAGCUGAAGCUGAUGCUGAAGCUGAAGCAUUGACCUGAUUUGUGACGGCGACGACAGCAGCUGAG